AUGCCAUCAAAAUACAAACCAACCCGCGACCGCAAACAACGGCGCACUCCAAAAAACCCCCGCAAUGCCGACGACAAUACCAGCGAAGCUCUACCACCAGCGGCUGCGGUGUCGUCGGACCCCAACGUAGAGGUCAUGAUCCCCCUGACAAAGGCGCAGAAAGCCGAAAAGCGCAAGGAGGACUUGCUCGCCGAGGCGAGGGCCGAAAACCCCGGCAUGUCUGGGAAGAAAUUGAAGAGGUUUAAUAAGUAUAUUGAGAACAAACUCAAGAAAGAAGAAAAGGUCGAGAUAAUGGCAAAGUUAGCUGCGGGUGCGUCAUCGAUGGAUACGGGGCUGCUGAGGAGUACGAAGGAGCUUGGGAGGGGGCGGGAGACUAAGAAGGAGAGGGUGCGAAGGGCGGUUAGAGAGGUUAAGGCCGGGAUCGCGGGGGAGGAGAGUCGGGGGGUGGUGUUUGAGGAGAGGGUUAUUAGGGAUCCUGCGGAGCUUGAGGUGGUUAUACCGCCGGCGGUGGAGCCGGAGGAGGUUGUGAACUUGGGAGUGGAGGCUAAGGUUGAGGAAAGAGCUGCGGAGAAACCGCCCAUAGUACCGGCGGUUGUGGUUGGCUCUGGACUCAAGAGGCCAUUGGAAACGGACGAGAAUGGCUUUCCAAUUAUUAAGAGGACUAAGAAGUCUGCUCAGACGCGGCAGGAACGGUUGACGGCGGUGGUUAGGGUUGUGGAGGGGGAGGUUGGCGGGAGUGGGUCUGAGGAUGGGGAUGACUUGGUUGAGGGUGCCAUAGAUGGUGAUUCCGUGGAGGCGGAGGCGGAGGGCGGGCCUAGUGAGUCUGAGGAAGGGGGCGAGGAGAAUGAAAGUGAAGAAGAAGACUCAGAUGGCGGGGGCGGUGGUUCAGAGGAAGAUAGUGAAGGGGAGGAAGAUGGUGGUGAUGAAGGCAAUAAACCAGUCAGCCGUCUCCGGCGAGGCCAAUCUAAGAAAGCAAAUGCCUUCAAGGCCUGGGCUCUCGCUCAACGAAAGCAAGCCCUCCACGACGGCGAACCCGAGCACUCAAUGCCAAAUCUUCUGGGACUAAAACCCAAAGUCGUCGCAAUUCCCAAAAUGGCUCCCGCUCGCCCACCCCCUCCGCCAGAGGGUAUCAAAAAGGCAUCCUUUGUAACCGUCGGGCGCCCUAUAGAGAUACAGGCUGCCCGUCUUUCCCUCCCAGUAGUAGCAGAGGAACAGAGCAUAAUGGAAGCAGUGAAUGCAAACGACUGUGUAGUCAUAUGCGGUGAGACCGGUAGUGGAAAGACUACGCAAGUUCCGCAAUUUCUCUACGAGGCGGGAUACGGCUCGCCAAAUACGCCGACGCCUGGCUUGAUCGGCGUGACACAGCCGCGCCGAGUUGCUGCCGUGAGUAUGGCGAACAGAGUUGGCGAGGAAUUAGGUCCCGGAGGGAAGGAGAAAGUCUCAUACCAGAUCCGAUUCGAGGGGACUGCGGGACCAAGCACUGCGAUUAAGUUCAUGACGGAUGGGGUCUUGCUCCGGGAGCUCUCCGAAGACUUUUUACUCAGGAGGUACUCUGCUGUUAUCAUUGACGAAGCUCACGAGAGGAGUAUCAAUACGGAUAUUUUGAUUGGAGUUAUGAGUCGCGUGCUCAAGCUUAGAAAGGAGCUGGCAGAGAAAUAUGGGACGAAGCCCUUGAAGUUGAUUAUAAUGUCUGCUACGCUGCGAGUAUCGGAUUUCACUGAGAAUCAGCGACUUUUCCCUGUGGCGCCGCCGUUGCUUAAAGUGGAGGCUAGGCAGCAUCCAGUUUCUAUUCACUUCUCUAGACGUACAGUUAUUGAGUACCCGGGAGAGAUUUACAAGAAGGUUUGCAAGGUUCAUCGGCGCCUUCCUCCUGGCGGAAUUCUUGUCUUCUUAACUGGCCAGAAUGAGAUCACUCACUUACUUAAGCGGCUACGGAAGACAUUUCCAUUUAAGAAGAACGUCGAAUCACCGCUUCAUGUUCUUCCUCUAUACUCACUCCUCCCGACUAAAGAACAAUUGAAAGUAUUCGGGGAGGUGCCGGAAGGAUCAAGAAUGUGCGUUUUGGCGACUAAUGUCGCAGAAACCUCUCUGACAAUCCCUGGUAUUCGAUACGUGGUUGAUUGCGGACGUUCGAAGGAACGCAACUACGACAAGACAACCGGAGUUCAGAGUUUUGAUAUUGGUUGGGUCAGCAAGGCGAGUGCUGCACAGAGAGCUGGUCGUUCUGGGAGAACGGGUCCGGGCCACUGCUACAGGAUUUACUCCUCCGCAGUCUACGAACGGGAUUUCCCCGAGUUUGCCGAGCCCGAGAUCUUGCGAAUGCCAAUUGAAGGACUUGUCCUACAAAUGAGGAGCAUGAAUAUCGACACUAUUGCGAAUUUCCCAUUCCCGACUGCGCCAGAUCGGCCGAGUUUACAAAAGUCUGAAAGGCUUCUGGAAUACCUCGGGGCACUUGAUCCAGGAGGAGCCCUGACAGAAUUAGGAAGAGUUAUGAAUUUCUUCCCAUUGUCACCACGUUUCUCAAAGAUCCUCAUCAUCGGCCAGCAACAUGAAUGUCUACCAUACAUCAUCGCGAUCGUGGCAGCCUUAUCAGUUGGAGACGUUUUCAUCCCAGAGCACCAACUAGACAUCCAUAGAGAGGCAGACGACGAGGAUGCAGCGGGAAAUGCUGAAACAGCCCUCGAAGACACACAACGAGCGAAAGGGCGGAAGGAAUACUACCGUGCUCAUCGAGCCUUCUCAAGUCUGGACCCCACCAGCGAUGCCCUGAAACUCCUAUCUGUAGUCUGUGCAUAUGAGUACGAGAAGGACUCUACAAACUUCUGCGAGCGCAACUUCCUUCGACUAAAAGCUAUGCAAGAAACACACAAACUCCGCCAGCAAAUCUCCAAGAUCAUCGUGGCGAAUUGUCCAGGCGUGCUCAGCUCCUUCAAUCCAAAACUGCCUCCGCCGUCCACGGCGCAGGUCAAAGCGCUAAAGCAAAUCAUAGCAUCUGGUUUCAUAGACCAGGUCGCCAUCCGCGCAGAUCUUCUCCCCAACUCCCCAUACAAACUCAGCCAGAACAGCGUGAAAAGGGUGACGGAAGUGCCCUACAUGACGCUCUUCGCAUCUUCCGCAUUCCAGAGACCCUCUGACGAGGGCCUAUCCCUGGACCCAGCGGUGUACAUCCACCCAAGUUCGGUCUUGGCAUCGCAGUCCUUGUACCCGGAGUACCUGGUGUAUAGCGAGCUGAAGAAGUCCGCUUCGCCGACCGGUAAAGUUCGGAUGAAGCCGUUGACGUCCGUCACGGGGGCACACUUGGCGGCGCUGGCGAAAGGGACGCCAUUAAUUACUUAUUCCAAGCCGCUAGGGCAUGUUCCUCCGAAGGUGCUGGACGACUCGAUGGGGAGGAGGAGGGAGUGCUGGGUUGUCCCUAGGAUUGGGGGAGCGAUUGGUAGGAGUGAGGUUGGGUGGGGGUUACCGGCGAGGAAGGUUGUGCAGAGGAAGGAGAUGGGGAGGUGGGUUGUUGAGUAG